AUGAGGGAGAUAAUAAAUAUUUAAAUAGGAAAGGGAGGGAACUAAAUAGGUUUAGAUUUUUGGGAGGCAUUACAUAUAGAGCAUUCUUUAGAUCCUUAUGGAGAUUUAAAUCAUUCUUCAGAUUACUAAAAAGAAAAAUUUAAUGUCUACUUUUUAGAAACUAUUAAAGGAAGCUAUUGUGCUAGAUCUAUUUAAGUAGAUUCAGAUCCUGAUUUUAUAAAUGAAAUUUAAUAAUCCUAUAUACAAAAUUUAUUUAGCUAAUCUAGUUUUAUCUAUGGUAACUCAAGCUCAAACAAUAACUUCAGCUAAGGAUAUAGUUAGCUUGAAUUGUUAGAUUAAGUUCAAGAAGAAAUUAGAUUAUAAGCUGAAUAAUCAGAGUGUCUGCAAGGAUUCUAAUUAAUGCGUAGCUUGGGAGGAGGAACAGGUAGUGGGUAUGGAAGCUUAAUACUAUAAAUGUUAAACGACCUUUAUCCAAAAAAUAUGAUAUCAAAUUUCAGUAUAUUUCCAACUCCUGGAGUUAAUGAUAUAAUUGUUGAACCAUAUAAUGCAGUUUUAUCUAUACCUGGAUUAUAUUCCUAAUCAAAUUUUUGUUUCAGUUUUCAUAAUGGAACUCUAAAUAAAAUAUUAAUGAAAAUUAUUGGUAAUAAUACUCCUUCAUUAAAAGAUUUGAAUACAAUAAUAAAGUAGUCCAUUUCUGGAGUGACAGCACUAUGGAGAUUUCCAUCUUAAAUAUCCAAUGAUAUAAGAAAAUUUGCUAUGAACUUAGUACCUUUUCCUAACCUAAAUUACAUCAACAUUUCCUUGCACCUUUGUAUAACAAAAAUUACAAAUCAUAAAAUGAAAUGA